GCGAUAUGCUCAUUCUGCUGAAACACAUUGCUUGGUAGACAGUCGAUGUUUUAAAAUGUGAGGAAACGUUGGAUCAAAGAAUGAACUUCGUGAGCUUAUUACCAUACCACAAACACUAGAAUCGUAAACAAUGGCUUCUUCGAGCGGAGGGCCAAGAAAGCGAAGGCCAGACUUCUCAUGUAUGGAGCAGCCGCCCCUUAUCAAACAGCUUAGAGGCAUUCUCUCGGAAUACCCAGACGGUGGACAGAUUCUCAAAGAAUUGAUUCAAAAUGCCGAUGACGCGGGUGCGUCCGAGUUGAAGAUUAUGCUUGAAUGCCGACGGAUCAAUAGAGAUUUGACGGAACAAUCUCCAGAGUUUACGAAAUUUUUUCAGGCACCUGCCCUGUGUAUUUACAAUGACGCCGAGUUCACAGAAGAAGACUGGCGAGGAAUUCGGAUGAUUUACAGCAGCGUCAAGGAGGAAGACAGUCUCAAAGUUGGACGAUUUGGAUUAGGAUUCAAAUCUGUUUUCCAUAUGACAGACUACCCGUGUGUUAUAAGUGGCGACACAAUGCUCCUUAUCGAUCCCCAACGACCUGCCCAUAAGGUUAAUGCAAAAUUGAAAAUUGAUGAAAUACAUGAAAUUGAAGGAAUGGACCCAAGCGACGUUUUGCGUGCCGUUGGAGGAAAAUACGGAUUCGAUAAAUCCGUUGUAGAAAAGGGAUACUUUCGCGGAACUAUGUUUUGGUUUCCUCUGAGGGAAAAGGCUUCGCCAAUCUCAGAGGAUGUGUACAAUGUCGCUAAAGUCGAAAAGUUGUUUGGUAGUCUUAGUUCUGAAUCAUCGAGCAUUCUAAUCUUCCUGAAAUCACUCGUGCGUUUACACCUGUUAAAAAUGUCACAGUCAGGCCACGAAGAACACGUUUUUCGAGUACAAAUUCAAGAUGAAAAAGAAAUACAGGCAAGAAGACAGUCGUUUUUCUCUGGUAUAAAGAGUGCAUCUUCUCAGCUAGAUGUGGCAUGCGUUUUCAAAAUGACGAUUAAAGAAGAAACACCUCGUAUGGCUACGCAGUUAACAGAGUGGCUUGUUGUCAACUAUUAUAUAGUUCAUAAUGCGUCAAAUGAUUUCAGAAGGCUAAUUCAGAGCCCGAAGCUAGGUUUAAGUCCCUGUGUAGGUGUCGCCCUGAUGAUAGAGCCAUUAUCUGCGGUUGAAGGACACAUAUUUUGCUUUUUACCUCUUCCAAAAGAAGGAACAAAACUUACGGGCUUACCCUUUCAUGUUAAUGGUUUCUUUGCACUGAGCCAGAACAGACACCAUUUGAAAUGGGCAACUGACGAUCAGGAUCACACAUAUGUGAGUGAUGAGAUUCUUUGGAAUAAGAAACUUUUGACCGAGGCGCUGCCUUUAGCAUUCGAGAAGGCCAUCGAUACAUCUAUAAGCAUGGCGGUGACGAAUGGAAACAAGUCGCCAUUGGUCGAUGGAGUGUAUUUGUGGAUUCCCAAUUUGGAAACAGUUCUUGAUAAAUGGAAACUUUUCUUUAUGAGCGCAUUACAGUUGUGUGAGAACAAAAACAUUGUGUUUUGUGAACAAUUUAAUUCUUGGAAACGUGUAUCGGAUGCGAUUUUUACCACGUUUUCAAACCUUCCUCACAAAUUACAGUUUGUCACGGCAGCGGUGCGAAAGGCAAUAUGUGCUUGCGGGCAGUGCCCAGUUAUGGUACCAGAACACGUUUUUCUUACAUUGAACUCGUUGUUUAGACACCAAAUCAAUGACAUAUCACCAUCCAAAUUGGCAAUUAUCUUGCGGAACAAUCCGAAGUACAUAUACAUGACAGAUGAAGAGAAGAAAGCACUAUUAACAUAUCUUACAAGUGAUGGAACCAUUACAGCAUUGGAAGGUCUUGAUCUUUUAUUGUUGGCAUCUGGAGAAUGGGACACUUUCAAUCAUAACGGAAGUGCAAAAUACAUUUGCUCUGAGAUUGAAGUAAACAUGUUUCCUGGCAGUGAACGACAAUUCAUCGCACCAUAUGAAAAAUUGGAUCAAUGUACAAAGGAAGUCGUACGCUUCAUAUGUGAAAAAAAGCACUACCCCAUUCGAGAUUUAGAUGACGCUUUGUUGAAAACAUUUCUGUUCCAAACCCUCGAGUCACAUUUAGGACCGUCAUUGAUUAUGACUGAGAGGUCACAUCUGACAAUGGACUGGCUUUGGCUUGUUUGGAGUUCUAUAUCGAACCGUGGAAUCCGUAAGUUUGUAGAUGUGCCAAUCUUUCCAAUUAUGGAAUCCGGGACCUUUGAAUCAAAACAUCAAUUAAAACUUGUCGCUUUGUACAAGUCGGAUUUACUUCUGAAGCAAUACAGAACUGGGAAUAAUAUCUUAUGCUUAGAUGAUGACGUUGAGCGAAGCCUACGCUUGCUUGGAAUUACUGUCAUAGCUCAGUUGCCAAGUUGGUUAUCAUGUAAUUUGAUCACAGAGUUUGUUGUGCGCCCAACGUUAGAAGACGUUAGACAGUUAUUGCAAAGGAAAGCACGAUCAAUUGACCAGCAAAGGAUAAAUGCGUUUAACAAAGAUGCCUCAGUGUCAAACAGAUCUAAACUCCUUGACUUUUUUGCAAUGUUUAGCUCAAUCGACGGCGAUUUGGUUUAUUUAUUACACAAACUACGGUUGUUUAGGUCUAUCAAUAUAUUAGGAACAUGUGUUAACGUUGAUUGCCACACACAUUUUGUAAGAGAAUCUGAACGAGACAAGUUUCCAAAAAGUAUUAAAUUUCCUGACAACUGCAUUCUAGUUAGAGGAAAUGAAGAGACCGUUGCGAAAAAGCUUGAUUGCACGAAACUGACGUUAGAUGAAUUUAUGAGAAAGAAAUUGGCAGUUCCCGAAUUUGACAUGUCAACAAAAGAAAAUAAAAAUGUAAUGAUAUUCUUUCUCAACAAUAUUGAAAGGUUAACUGCGCUGAUAGACACCGUCUCCGAAAUGCGAUUCCUUAAAGACACUGCCGGACGACGAGUUAAGCCGUCACAAAUAUUUGAUCCAUUUGAUGAAUUUCUAUGCCGUUUGUUUUAUGGAGAACAUGUUUUUCCGGCCGCUAAAGACGCAUUGCUACCGCACAGAGCUGCAUUCAUCAAACUCGGAAUGAAAGGAGUCGGCAAUAUACUGCCUAAAAAUAUCUACGCUGUUGCGAAAACCAUUGACUCCGUGUCCCAAAUCGACGAUAGAAUGUACGACAAAGCUAAAGCUCUUCAAGAAUACAUCGAAGACAACCCAAGUAUACUCCGGCAAACACUAGGGGUAGGUAAAAAUCUAGGAGACGGAAUCAAAGACCUGUCAUGCUUUGUAUACUGCUCAGCAGUAGAAUGUAAAUGGCAUAAUCGUUUUCCGCAGCUUCUCAAGUGGUUUUCUACUAAAAGUCGUGUAUGUUGUCCAGGAGAUAUGAAAGAAAUACAAUGUUGGCAACUUGUGUGUUCCUCAACGCCGCUGAUUAAAACACGUUCUACCGAGUUGUCGUUGUUUUAUGGUUGGAAUAUACUUCCUUCUGCUGACAAAAUUCUUCUCCAAUUGAAAAUCAUAAAGCAAUGUUCAAUAUCAACAGACAUGACGCUGGAAUUGUUGACAAUGAUCAAAACAAUCUAUGAAGCCUUGUCUAUACAAUCAACCCCAGUCGUCAAAGAAGCCAUUGUUUGUAAUGCACUUGUUUGGACAGCUGACAAUUUUCAAGAUCCUGCUAAAGUUAUUGUUAUACAGAAGGAGGAUGACAUAGAAUUAAAACCAUACAUGUAUUUCCUCCCCCAAGAGCUUGGAUCCUUGCAAACGUUUUUCACAUGGUUAGGGUGUCACUCACAUCAGGACGAAAACGUUCUUGUAAGCGUUUUGCAAUUUCUAAAGACAAAAUAUUUGAGCAGAAAGUUCAGUCAAGCUGAAACUAAGAAAGAUUUAAAAUGUGCGCAGAUGAUUCUUGAACGAUUAGCAGAAGCUGACAUUGACUCUUCUUGGGCAUCUGAUAACAUUUUAAUGGUUGUUCACUCAAACUCUGACCAAACGAUUAAAUUUGCAAAAUUGUCGGAAUGUGUGUACGAUGAUGACCCGGCAUGUUUUAACGAUGUUGUCGAUGGUAAAAGUAUUUGCUAUGUGCACGAACAAAUACCGUUCGGUACAGUAGAAAAACUAGGCGUGAAAUCUGUUACUAGUCAUUCCCGGGCAGAUGCACAGGACUUUGAUCACUGGGGCCAGCGUGAAAGUUUUACUACACGUUUGCGAUCUCUCCUUCGUGAUGGAUAUACAGACGGUCUUUCUGUUCCAAAAGAACUGUUGCAAAAUGCUGAUGAUGCAGGUGCUACAGAAAUGUGUUUAGUGUAUGAUGAACGUAAACAUUUGGAAUUCCGGAAGAGGUUACUUAGUAAAAGUCUCGCCGAUUUUCAGGGUUCUUCGCUGUGGUGUUACAACAACAAAGUGUUUUCCGAAAAGGAUCUGCAGAAUAUCAAACGGUUUAAUGAUUCAGCAAAAGUCGAUGACCUAUCAACAAUUGGAAAAUUUGGGUUAGGAUUCAAUGCGGUUUAUAAUAUAACGGACGUUCCAAGUUUCAUUUCUGGAUCUGAUAUGUUGAUAUUUGAUCCACAUGAAAAAUAUUUGGUUGACCCUCAAACAAAAACAACGACAAGAGGAAAAAGAAUUCCUUUAUCGAAACGAACUUUAGUAAAAAGACACACAGAUCAGUUCAAACCUUUUCAAGAUAUGUUCGGAUGCAAUGUGUUAAAUGAUCCGUUUACUUGUUAUCAAGGAACUUUGUUUCGAUUUCCACUCCGAACUGCACAACAAGCAGACAUGAGCGAAAUUUGUCAAACAGUGUACUCACACGAUGAAGUCCUAUGUUUAUUGAAGAUGUUCAUUCAUUCAGCGGAACAACUUUUGUUAUUUUGUCAAAACGUAUCGUCAAUCAAACUUUACCACAUAUCGGCUAACGCAGCAUCAGCCAAAGACAUGAAUAUGAUUUAUAUUGUACAAAAGGAAUCUAUGAAACUAACUGAUGACAAAGGCACACGUGUUGAAACUAGCAUUCUUGCACGGGCGGUAUCUGUACAUAAACAACAACGCGGCAGAUGCAUUGAAGAGCAUCAUAGCAUAACUAUCAGGCAGACAUUUUGUGACAAUGCGACGUUGUUUCCCAAAGUAAAUUGGCCCAAGUCUGAUGUAAAAUCGACUUGGCUUAUCACAUGGGCAUUAAACGGUAGACCAAAACACUUAGAAGCAGUCGACACUAUACCUCUAGUCGCUGUUGCAACACGGUGUAAAACUGAACAGGAUUGGACUCCACAACCAUUAGAGACAACAACCGAGGGAGACUGUGAAUCAGGUUAUAUGUUUUGCUUCCUGCCGUUGCCAAUAAGCACUGGUCUGCCUUUUCAUAUCAAUGGUUGUUUCAGAGUGUCCGAUGACCGGCAGAGACUAGUACUACUCAAUGAAGACGACAAAAAGAGUGGAUCUAAAAGUGCAUCAGAUGCUUGGAAUACAUUUCUCCUGCAAGAGCCAUUAGUUAAAGCAUUAUUGAGUGCGAUUCAGCAGACGCAACGUUUUUGUCACACGAAAGAAGAUGCAUAUCGUUUAUGGCCUGAUAAUUGCAAACCAGAUGUAACGCCUUUUGUGAAAAGCUUCUAUAGAGCUGUACUUGAUCACAAUGUUAAUAUAUUUACAGACCGUGGAAAUUGCCUUCCAUUUGAUCAGAUCUUAAUUCUAACGGGAGACCCGCGAACUGCUGUCUUUCAAGAAGUUUUGAAGUUUUUGGUGUACGUGCCUGUUGACAAAGGUAAGACCGUGGUGGAAGUUCCAAACAGUGUUUGUAAAUGUCUUCAAUUGUACAACAAGGACAGGAUCUCCAUUGUCCAAAGUGCAUUCAUUUCAAUGAUUGACGCUUUGGUUCACUUCCUUCAUAAUAUCGGUCACAAGUAUUGGGCCGAUAAACUGACAAUCCGCAAUAACUUACUUGCGUAUGCAAUUACGGUGGCAGAUAAGGAAAUGAAAAUAUGUUUCAGAAAAAACCCGUGUAUUCCAACAGCGCCAAACGGUAGAUUACGAACUGUUCUUGAUCUUAUUCACCCGCAUUCAAAAGUUUCGAAACUGUUUUCUGAGUCAGACGAAAGGUUUAUCAUUGAAUGCGAAAGUUUGAGUGAUCCAAAGAUCCAUGCUAAACUUGUGGAAAUCGGAAUGAAUUCGUCAAGUUUACCUAGUGAGCUUGUUUUUGACAGGUGCACUAGUUUGGGGACUUUGUCAAGGAAAUGUAUAAUCUGCACAAAAAAUCGCUUGGGAUUGCUUUUGACAUAUUUAGCGGAAUCACAAAUGUCCCAGGAAACAGUUGAUCAUCUCCAACAUUUAAACAUUCUACCCGUUCUACAAAGACCUAGUGAAUGGACUUUUACUUGGAAAGCAGAAACUUUACACACUGAAAUCGUUUGCAGUGGCGACAUAAAGUGUUCAAAACACGCUGACGAAAAAUGUACAGGUAUUGUUCUUGGUCGGCCUGAUAAUUUAUUUAGAAUGAACUGCCGACAUUGUGUUGGAUCUGUACAUAACAUAGUAGAUGAAACUGAAUUGAUUAGUCCUCAUCUACUUAAUAAACUUGGUGUAAAAACUAUUGAAGACAUUACCAUUUUUAUGUUGAUGGAACAACUUACAACUGUUGGAAUCGAAUAUGAAUCUGGUAAAGGGAUGUAUACGGCAGAAACCCGUAAUAUAAUCGACAAAGUGUACACAGAAUUGGAUAAGCUUACAGCAGAUAUGUCAAAAGACGAAUUUAAUAGCUUACUUGAUUCUAAUUUUGGUUCGGCAGUCGAAACACCCAUUAUUGAAGUUGGCGAUGUCUUAGUUAGGGUGGACAUAGUUGCACAGUUUUCUAUUCGAUCUUGUCCACCGCACCUAUAUGGUCUACCAAAAGUAUCUGUUUCACGCUGGAGAAUACUAGAGAAACUAGGAGUAAAGAAAUAUUUCAGUUUUACUGAUGUCGUACGGGUUUUACAAUUUAUGACAGAAGAAAACAAUCUGAACAUAAUACUUGAUAUUAAAGAUGUAAUUUACAUUUUAGAGAACUUAGUUGAGUGCAUGCAUAGGGAGAAUAAAACAUAUGCAGAUAUACAGGAGUUUAAAGAAAGCAUAAUUGCGCCAGACAGAGAGGGACGUUUCUUUCCAACAUACCAACUUGCUCUUGAGGACCAUCACAUGACAACUAAAACUAAUCUUCGAUUAUUGCAUGAGGAUAUUACCCCAAAUAUUGGAAAGUUCAUUGGCGUACAAUCAAAACGACACCAACUGUUAAGGCAGUACACACAUGCCAUCCCUUUUGGGCAACGUGAAGAACUAACUACACGUUUAAAUGGUUUACUUAAAGAUUAUCCUCCAGAUGAAAGCAUUAUGAAGGAACUAAUACAGAAUGCUGAUGAUGCAGGUGCACGUGAAAUUCAUUUUAUAAAAUACUACGAAGAAAGAAAGGUGGAAAAGUCCUUGGAAAAAGGAGUAAAACUAAAACCAGCAUUGUGCAUCUAUAACGAUAGCUGUUUCACAGAACAAGAUUUCAUAGGCAUUCAAAGUCUUGGCAUCGGCAGUAAAUCGGAAGACCCUUCUAAGACAGGUCAGUUUGGAGUAGGAUUUAACGCCGUUUAUCAUAUUACCGACAAUCCAUCAUUUUUAACAAAGGGGCAAGAUCUGGGAGAAAACGGCGACGUGUGUAUUUUUGAUCCACUUUUUACACAAAUAGAAGAUAUAUGGGGUGGAGAGCCGGGUUUGCGGUACCACGUUGAUGAUUUGAAGGACGAUUUUCCAGACACAACACUUGGUUUUCCGGAAAUUCCUGGUACGUGUGGCACAAUGUUUCGCCUUCCUUUGCGUACUCAACCGUCAAAAAUAAGCAAAUCAUGUUUAACUCCUAAUAAUGUCAAUGAUAUGUUGAAAGCAUUUAGGAGAAUUAUGCCAGAUUGUUUGCAUUUUUUAAAAAACAUAAAGAGAAUGAAAAUCAGAGUUUAUGAAGGUGGCAGAUAUGUCGACGAGUAUAUGGUUGAUUCGGAGAUCUCUAGUGAUACAUAUGUGAAACGCCAGACCGAAUUUUUCAAACAAGUAAACACAAUAGUUGUUUCAAAUGCAAACCGUAAAGAAGACAAUAUUUUGGUAAAACCUUUAAAUGUGACGUUCACGAUGCGUGUACAUGACACAGAUGGUGUCGAUAAGAAAUGGCUCAUUUCACAUCAGUUUGGAGCUAGUUGGUGUGACAGAACGCAUGUAGAACACAUUUAUGAUAUCUUCAGAAAUGAAGGAUUGAAGCUUAUUCCAACUGGGGGUGUUUCGUUGCAGUUGUGCUCAACAAAUGUUAAAGCUCUUCUUCAAGGAUUAUUUGAACACAAUGUACAGGAAAAAGACGCCAAAAUGCGAUCUAAAAAGUUCCAAGUGUCGUCUGUAACGGAAAACGCAUACAGACCAUGCGAGACAUCCGACGGAAAGUUAUAUUGUUUUCUACCACUUACGCAGUCAACUGGUCUACCAUUCCAUGUCAAUGGUCACUUUUCAAUAGAUCGUGGACGACGAGGACUUUGGGAAAAAGGAUAUCGAGAAGAAUGGAAUAAUUUUCUCUUGUCUUCUGUCGUUACCGAAGCUCUUAUCAACGCUCUUAAAUAUUUACAGAAGUACUGGCUUGAUGAUAAUAUGGAUAUUUUAACCAGCAAGACCUGUUUGAAGAGAUGCUUGACAAUAUAUUUUAGUUACUUUCCAAGACAUGAAACGGCAAAGGAUACUUACUGGAAGUAUUUUGUUGCAGAGUUUUACCGUUUGGUAAUUGAACGUGAAAUCCCCAUCUUCCCAGAAGUAAUAGAGGAAAUGCAUUUAGUUGACACCCAACAUUCAGUUCAAAUGCGAGAGAAACAAUUUAUGAUUGCAUGGAUACAUUUGACAACAAAUAUUCAAACAAUUAACGGAGGUGUUGUGGAUACCCUCUAUAAAUUGUGGAAAUAUCAUGGCAACGCGGACGAUGAGCGACUUAUAAAACAUGUUUUAGGCAAAUUAUCCAUACACAUUUGCAGUAUUUCUUCUGACGUCGUCAAAACAAUGGAAACAUCAGGACAAAAAUCUAUUAUUAAGACUGAACCGUCAGUUGUCAUGAAUUUAGUCAAAGAAAGACUAACAGAUGUCAACUGUAAUAUUCAAAUGACAGUUAUUGAAAAUAUAGAAAUUGCCCAAAGUCUCUUGAAAUAUAUGUUACGGUGGGACCAUUUUGACGACAACAUUGAAGGUUUGCCAUUGUGCAUAACAAACGAUAACUAUGUUAAGAAAUUUGCGAAAGAUAGUGGCGUGUUCUGUUCUACAUUUUGUGACCUAUUGCCGUGCUCUCGUGCUAAGUUUGUUCAUAUUGGACUGGUGCCUUUUCUGACUCGGGGACAUCUUUUUGAAUGCAAGGUAUUGGAACGUUUCACAUUUCAGAAUUUCCUUAAUCUAUUACCUAAUUCAUACAUGCCGGUGAUAUUUUGCAACGAUGCUGGUAUUCGUUGGCUGGACGGUGAGUCUAAUCCCAUCGAUCCGUUUAUCAUAUACCGCAUGUUUGCCUUCAUAUAUAACGAAUCGAAACGUUUAGAAAAGCCGUCAGAGAGCACCGCAAUACAAAGUGUUUUCAAAGAGAACGUUCAUAAACUAUCUACUUGGUCUUUUUUACCGUCGAAAAAGAAGAUAUCAGGAGGCUUUGUGCAUAUGUUGAUUCCAAUAAAACGAGCAUAUUCGCUGCUUUUAGAAUCAUUUGAUGAUGACAUUGGGCCUGUUUUGAAACGAAUUAACAUCCCAUCCUUAGAUUUUGAUGUUCUUACCAACUAUGCAACGAUUGACAAAACAGCAGUUUCUGGUGCAGUACGAAAAUUAAUAUCGUCCCCUACCAAACCACAUGAACUAUUGAAAUGUUUACAUUAUCACAAAUUAAAGUUGAUCAAAUGCAAACUCACUGCCGAUGAAGCUAUGAAAAUAUUACGUAUCUUCAGUCAAAGCAUAACGCAAAUUCAUGCACAGCUUGGACAUGAAACCAUGCAACUUGUGAAACAGCUGCCAUUGUUUGAAACAAUGCAAAGUGGAACUUUCGUUAGUCUUGACCAUGAUUCAGAUGUUUUAGUUGUAACAAAUAUCUUACCAUCUCCAGGCAUUCGUGAAUGGGCAAGUAGACAAGGGAAGAUCAUAAUACAAGAAAAUAGCAAUCUCCAAGAUCUGUACCGUUACCUCAAGUUGCCUCGUCAUGACAGAUUGCAUAUGUACAUUAUACAUAUUUUGCCUAGCAUUACGCAUAUGCCCAAAAGUUACUGGUUGAGCCAUAUUACAUUUAUCAAAGACGCACUCCUAACAAGCCAUUUAGGACAAGGGUUGUCCAAUGACCAAAAACAAUUAAUAAAACUUAUUAAAAAAAUCCCAUUUAUUGAAAUAAACGGAAUUGGCUAUCGGGCAAAUCAACUCUUUGCCCGUACCCAUCCUGUGUUUGAAUUGAUGAUUGAAGAAAGUCGAUUUUUGCCCAGAGAAUAUGCAGAUAUAUCUUGGAUAUACUUCUUGAAACUUAUUGGAUUAAACGUUCGACCUACCGGCGAUAUGAUGAUCAACUUUGCUCAAGUUGUAGCGCGUGAUGGAGCAAUGCGUACGUCUGACAGAUUAAUUCAGAUGUCAAAUGUCCUUGUGUUAUGCUUUCUUGGAAAAUACGGUGACAGUUUUGAAGACCAUGUUUUUACGGAUAUUAAAACAAUUCGUUUUGUAGUCCCUUAUGUAGUCUCUAGAUGCAUGGAACAGAUUUUUAGAGGACAUUGUUCGACGAAUUGUUUUAUCAGCUUUUCCGGUUCUUGCAGUUCUCACUUUGCAAAUGUGUGUUGGACCAGCCUUCCGCUGGUUCACUGUGAAUUUGAUGCAAAAGUCAUGAAAUUGCUAGGCAUUUUUCAAGAGCCAAGCACGGAUUCAGUAAUAACGCAUUGCCAAAACAUUUUUCAUGAAUUCAAAAAGGACUUUGACAUGGAAAUUAUGGAAUUACACAAUAAAUAUGAGUAUGUAGAACACAUUUACAGUUUCCUUUUCAGAAAACGAGAUGAAAUAAAUACGACCCGUUUGCGUGACACACCAUUUAUCUUAAUACCAGAUGAAACGAUAAUCAAAGCUUCAAGUGUUUUCAUUUUCGGUCCAGUUGGAUCAGAAUUGAGGCCAUAUCUUUAUCAACUGCCUGAACAAUUCCUGUGUUAUGUAGAGUUGUUCAGAACGAUUGGUACGACGCUUGGACCAACAUGCUUACAAUAUGCAAAUGUUUUGGCGAUCAUAAAAGAUCAGUUUAGUGAUCAGGAGUUACCUCAUAACGUCUUGGAAGUAGUUUCGAAAGCAGUGACAAAAUUCUUUGACACUCUUUGCAUGGCAGGCGAUAACGGACAUAAGGACUUAGAGAAAAUGAAACUUCUGUUCUUACCUAAUACGAAAAGAAUAAUGACACAAUCGAGUGAAUUAGUUAUAGCAAAUGACAGUGUGUAUAAGCAAGCUUUAGAGGGCAAAUGCAAUUUGAAUAUGUUCAUAGGUUUUAAAGAGUUGAAAAUACCAUUGGAAAACGAAGCAUUUAAGCAUCUCCCUCUUCAUCUUAAGCCUAGGUUUUUAACAGAAGAUGUAUCAGAAACUAUAUCAACAGAUACUAUGGAGGAACUAAAUAAUAGCAGUGUUGCAUUGCGCUGUGAAAACUUCGUUCAUUCAUAUGAAUUUUACGAGGGUUUAUGUAGACUGUUAAAACGAAAAGACGUCGAACUGUGUACAAAUGAAUGGAACACAGACGAUGACGAAAUUUUGCGCGAUACACUCUACCACGUGCGAAUUAAGGAAGUUAAAGGUUUGAAAAAAGUGUUAUCUUACAAAGGUAUCAUCGUACAAGGUGCUAGCAUAACAACUGGUUAUCAUGUACAAAAACUUCAAACACAUUCACAAAAGGGAGCACCUGUUUAUCAUGUCUUUUUUCAGACCAUGAUAUCCUAUACUCCUAGAAGCUCUCUGUUUUGGUUACAUACAGGAUUGAUGUCACUUAUUCGAAAGUGCACAAAAAGACGACUUUCAGCGCAUUCGUUUGUUGUUCUUCAACAAGUCUUAUUUUUUGAGGAAAGUCCCGAUGGAAUUAAAGGUUUUCUUGAUAACUAUGGAAUACCUGCUUUGGAAACUGCAUCUGAUUUUAUUCUUUUCCCACCAGUUGGUACCUACGUUGAAGAAAAGUUUUAUCCUUUUAUGGUGCAGCAAAUGACACCUUUUAGAGAGCAUGAAUACAGAUACGUCGCAUUAGAAAUAGGAAUCGGGGAUGAAGAAGAUUUAAGCGACGCACGUUACAUAUAUGCACACAUAAUUGAACCAAUAAAUUCAGAUACAUCAUCCCUCUUACGCUUGAAAUACAAGGUAAAUGUCGGCGUGCAACGAGGCGGGAUAAUCGAUGUUCCGAUAUUUCGGCUUUAUAUGUUUGUUCCUCAAAAUAAUCCUAAUACAAGUGACGAGGUUGCUCUAUAUGAUACCGAACCUAUCGGUUCAAUUCCUUUCGAUGAGAAUUGUGAACGCAUCAUUGACAUGCUUCAAGAGGCAUUCCAGCUUUUUGAAAUACAGGACAGGAAGCGGAUAAUACGCCGGCUGUUAUUGAAAUGGCAUCCAGAUAGAAAUGCAGGCCAUGAAGAUUAUGCCACACGAGUAUUUAAUUUCAUUCAGCACUGUAUUUUAAGGCUCGAAAGAAAUGAAGCAUUAAAUAUUCAGACAUAUGCUGGAGCACCGAACAUGUCAGUAUCGCGAUAUUGGAAUACGUGUGUGAAUGCGCAGAGUACUGGACAUGUGUACACAACUGGUUUCCGUGACAACAUUGAGGAAUACAACAAAUCAAACAGACAAGGUCGCUAUUUCCAUGGAUCAACACAACGAGAGUCUGUCAAUAGCCCUGGGGAAUACAAACGUUGGAUAAAACAGGCGAAACUCGACUAUCAAACUGGCCUAACGCACCUCAAUUUAAACGAAAGGCAUUCGAAAACAUACAACUGGAUAUGUUACAAUUGUCAUCAGGCAUGCGAGAAGGCCCUAAAAGCUGCAUGGUUUAUGAAAGAUGCCAACAGGUGUCCCAGAAAAGAGCACAGAUUGUCAGUCAUUUCUAGCGGACUUGAUAGCGUUAUUGCGACAGAGGCACAUUCACUUGAGGAACGACUAGAUAUUCAUGGACAAGACUAUUUUAAACUUCGUUAUCCAGACUGUGUGGUAAGUGACGAGAUUCCUUCCGAGGUCUUCAAUAAGGAACAGGCGGAGUUCGCUGUUGCAACUGCAAAAAAAAUCAUAGGCAUUGUUGAAAAUUUAAGUUGAUGAGUGAAUCAUAUGUAAUUAGUGUGUACAUAGUAAAGACGAUUGAGUUUACGUGUAUGUUUGUUUUAUGAAAAUAUAAAGUCUAAGUAAUUAUAUAACGUUAUAUGAUUUACCAGUUGAAACUGAAUCAUAAACAGAAGACACUAUUUGGGACAUUUGACUUUAUUUUGUUUGUAUAUAAGAUGUAAAUACAUGUAUUUUUUUCGGGUGUUAAAUAAUACAGGAUGUUGUAAUAGUUUAACUACAUUGGUUUCUUUUGAUUAAGAGACACAUAUGUACGACAUUUGUAUAGAUAAUGUGAUAUCAACGUUUGUUGCAAAUAGAAAGUUACUGAUUAUUCAAUAUAAAAUCUCUUAUCGAGUGGAAUGGUGUACAUACCAUUGUGUUAUUUAUUGUUUGCUUGAGUAUAUUUUUCAGGUGAAUACUUUUGUAAAUAUUUCCCUGCAUAUGUUGCAUCUGCAAAAUGUUAUAUCAGUUUUUUUAAAUAUAUGUUUAUUUUUAUUUUUUGUCGUGGAACUGUAAAAUGAAGUAUUGUUUUCGUUUGUGUUUGCAUGGGAUUAUCAUUAUGAUUAAUUCAUUUUGUAAAUAUUAUUUUGUUUAUGCCCCCGAAGGUGGACAUAUAGUGAUCGCACUGUCCGUCUGUCCAUCCGUCUGUCUGUCCGUCUGAAAUUCCGUCACACUUUGCGUUUAGGUUUACAAAAACGUGGAAAAAUGGGCAUAUGUCAUCCUAUGGUGACAGCUCUUGGUCUUACAUAUAUUACGGAUGCAAAAGGUAAUAUAAUUAAUUGAAUUUCCUAAAUAUAAGGUUUUUUCUACAUGACAAUCAGUGUUAGCGUAUAACUGUAUAAUGAAUGUUGUGGCUUUAGUAGUUCGUUUAAGUUAAUACUUGUAUUUGUCUUCCUAGUUUACAAUUUGCAAGUGCAAAUGGUAAUUUAAAUUAAUGUCAGUAAAUAUAUGUUGUUGUUUGUUUUUCUACGUGGUUAGCAUUGUGUGCGUACAACUGUACAAUGUAAUGUUAUUGGUUGCUUCAGUCUUUCUUAGAUGUGGAUAAGUUUUGUAAAAAGAGUAUUUCGUCUUAAUAACUCGCAUUUUGUACAAAUGUAAACUGUAGUUUAAAUUGUUGUUUGUAACUAUUGGUUUAACAUACCCUGCAUUGUGUGUAUUAUGUAAAUUGUAAUGUUGCAAUUUACUUACUUGAGUCUAUGAUAUAUUUGGAUGGGUAUUGUCAAAAGUUGAUAAUUUUUAUAUUUCCGUAACGUACAUUUUGAACGUGUAACGAUGGAAUAUAAUGUUAUAUGUGUUUGUUAGUCUACAAACUGAUUCAUUCAGUACGUAUUGCUAUUCACCACAAUGAAGUGUCAUUUGGUGCACAUAUGUGAUAUGAAUUAAUACAUGCACAUACAAGUAAAGUUCAGUCGAUUUUAAUUGAAUCUUAUAUACCAUUUUUCUCUCUUGUAAAAGGUAUGAUAUAAUUGAAACUUUUUUAUAUAUGUAUGUUUGUGUGGGUCAAAUUAUUUACUUUGUUUCUUCGUAUUUUAUAAACGAUCUUCUCAUUUUGAUGAGUAAUACCUUUAGAUAAUAUGUGUCUUGUAGAUUCCGCAACUGUACAAUUUUAAAACAUUUUCAAAUUGUGUUACAUCUAUGUUGGCAUUCGUUAAAAAAACAUUGUGUGGUUUGCAUAUAUUAUGGUGACAGCCAUGUAUUUCUCAAGAACGCCUACGCCUAGGAUCAUGAAACUUCAUAGGUACAUUGAUAAUGACUGGCAAAUGACCCCUAAUGAUUUUCAGGUCACUAGGUCAAAGGUCAAGGUCACAGUGACUCGAAACAGUAAAAUGGUUUCCGGAUGAUAACUCAAGAAAGCUUACGUCUAGGAUCAUGAAAUUUCAUAGGUACAUUGAUCAUGACUGGCAGAUGACCCCUAUUAAUGUUCAGGUCACUAGGUCAAAGGUCAAGGUCACGGUUACUCGACACAGUAAAAUGGUUUCCGGAUGAUAACUCAAGAAAGCUUACGCCUAGGAUCAUCAAACUUCAUAUGUACAUUGAUCAUGACUGACAGGUGACUCCUAUUAAUUCUCAGGUCACUAGGUCAAAGGUCAAGGUCACAGUGACUCGAAACAGUAAAAUGGUUUCCGGAUGAUAACUCAAGACAAAUUAGGCCUAGGAUCAUGAAACGUCAUAGGUACAUUGAUCAUGACUCGCAGAUGACCCCUAUUGAUUUUCAGGUCACUAGGUAAAAGGUCAAGGUCAAGGUGACUCAACACAGUAAAAUGGUUUCCGGAUGAUAACUCAAGAAGGCUUACGCGUAGGAUCAUGAAUCUUCAUAGGUACAUUAAUUAUGACUCGCUGAUGACCCCUAUUAGUUUUUCAGGUCAAAGGUCAAGGUCAUGGUAACUCGAACCAGUUAAAUGGUUUUCGGAUGAUAACUCAAGAACGCGUACGCCUAGGAUCAUGAAACUUAAUUAGGUUCCGAAUGAUAACUCAAUAAAGCUUACGUUUAGGAUCAUGAAACUGCAUAGGUACAUUGACCAUGACGGGCAGAUGACCCCUAUUGAUUUUCAAGUCACAAGGUCAAAGGUCAAGUUCACAGUGACAAAAAACGUAUUCACACAAUGGCUGCCACUACAACUGACAGCCCAUAUGGGGGGCAUGCAUGUUAUACAAACAGUCCUUGUUUAACUAAAUGUUCGGAAAAGUUUGGUUUUACUCCAUCACACAAAUGAUUAGAAACUUUAUGGAGAUCCAUAUUUCUUUAUAUAGAUUUGGUUAUUACCAAAACUUGCACUAAAAUGCAAUAAAGGAAAUACGUUGUAACUUUAUAAAGCUAAUCAUAAAACAUUCGUGUUUCUUGCAUGAUAGAGAUCAGCGCGUUUCAGUUUAUUAUAAUAAUUCUGUGUUAUGUUUUGUUUUUAAAGCCUCUAUAACAAACACUGAGAUGCGCAUGGUAUAUGAGAAGUAUAAGUAUUGUAUUUAGCUGUGUACAUUUAAAGAUUGAUUAAAUUUAUAAAUUGACCAUUUGACACGGUUUAAAUGAUUAUAUUACUGAUAACAAGUUUAAUCAUCAACAAUACGGUGUAGAGAAUGACGGAAGCAUCGAUAUACUAAGACUGUUUAAUAAAAAUGAAUAUUAACGUUGUAAUUUAAUGUUUUCUAAACAAAAAUCACAUGCAAAUUAUAAGAAACAAUAUGUUUUAAUGUAUGGUAUCUGUGUAUGUUAUUGCAUUAAAAGAGUGUAAUAAUCGUGUAAGUUGACAUUUACAAAAUUACCAAUUGUAACAUGUACGAACUUUGGUCAAUUUCUUUAGAGCCGUAUUAUUGCGUCACUUUUAUAUGAUGCAGUGACCAUAUACGGUUUGUAAGUAUCUUUAUGUUUUAUAUGUUCAUCUUUUGAUAAGUUAAAUUGUGUUGUGGUUAAGCGUAAAUAGUUUUACUUAAAAUGCAAAAGUAUCUGCUAUGUAUCAAAAUUAGAAAUAUUUUUAAACUAGCAUUUUACGAACAAUUUUUAGAAUUCGAAACAAAUUAAAAAUAAACUUUUGCACAUUUCUGUAAGCUGACUAUCUUCGGAUAUGUGAAAAGGUUGUGGUUUUUUGACGAUUUUUACAAAAUGAUUUUAUUAUAAAAGAACUGGUGUGCAUUCCCUUUGUUGAUGUAUUAUAAUUUUAUGGCAACAUUUACUUGACACAAGUAUGUUAACAUGCAUUGAUGAACAAAUCUUUUAUAUUGUCCAGUAUAUUCAAGUUAGUUUAGUUAACUAAAACAGUGUUCCUUUCUAAAGCAAAAACAAGACCAACAACAAUAACAUGUCAGUCAGUUGUAUUGCUUCGGCCAUUUCUUUAAGAGAAUCGGCCACUUCAGGUCGUUGAAACGUCAUUUUGUCAAGUUAAUGUUUCAAAUCAAUGUUGCUGCCUAUAUAUGCAUUAAUAAUGUGUUCUACUUCUAUUGUUAUACGCACUCGUUAUAAUAGUGCUUUGUUCACAAUUCUAUGACUUUUGUUCCGUUAACGCUAUUGUUGUAUUCAGUACAUCAGUUUGUGACCAUAUGGAAAUUACAGAGCAUUCCCAUUAAUACAACUGAUGAAACUGUAUUGAUUGUAAUAUGACAGUAUUUGCUUCCAAAGGGUAUUUAUACUUUUGUUCUGAUAUUUUCGACAUAUGGACUUAUGGCCCCAUUUAAGUAAAACAAACAACACAAAAACAACAACAAAACAACUACACUUUUUACUUGUGUUAUUGCUAGAGGCUAAAACUUUACAACCAUAUAAACCAGCAUGUGAACUUGCGCGCCUCCAUAGAUUAGUUUGUGUUUCCGACACAAACAAAGCAAAAGCAAACACAAAUACAUUUAUUUACUAGUGCCGCCCGUAACUCAAAAAGUAUUGCUGCUUCGGAGUUGAAACUUUACAUGAACCAACAUAUUAAGUUUUUCUCCUCCAUAUUUUUGUAAGGAUUUUUUUUUUCAGAAACAGAGAUAUGGCCAAUGAAUAGUAAACAUAAAAUAUAUAUUUUUUAAACUUGUGUUACGCGUAAAUCAAAAGUAUGACUGGUAUAAGUCUGAAACUAUACAAGCAUAUUAACAACUACAUAUGUUAGUUCAGUUUUUUCCGACUUGAUUAAGAGUUUUCAGUCAAAAGCGUAAUGUCCCUAGUUGCGAUGUUAUUGUUCCAGACAAUGCAUGCAAGGAUUCAAAUAUCCAAAGUUUGAUAAUUUAGUAAAAUACAAAGAUCGCUAUUGAAACAUUAUGAUUUUAAUGUGUGCUUAUAAUUUUGCUAAUAAAUAUUAAUCAUACUUGCUA